CGGAAGUGAACCGCCUGCCACUUCUUUCGCGAGAACGGAUUUGUCACCAUGGCAACUGAGCGGCGGCAGCAUCCUCCUGCUCGUCCACCCUGCGCGCGGACAGCUGAGCUAAGCUAAACGUGCUUCCAAAAUGGCGACGGGACGUCAAACGUUUGUAACGGCGCUCUUCUACUCGCUUUGUUGUGUGACAUUUGCUGUGAUUCUCAGAACUACGAACAAAGACGUGUGGGCCAAUGAAUUUGAAUCAAUAGAAAUGACCUGCUUGAUAGAAUCCAUAUCUACAAACAACCCUAGAAUUGAAUGGAAGAAAAUAAAAAAUGGGGUUCCCAGUUAUGUAUAUUUCCAAAAAAAAAUUUCAGGUGAUUUGGAGAACAGAGCACUAUUAAGAGAACCUGCAAACCUGCUGAUCCUGAAUGCCAGCAGAUCCGACAGCGCAAUGUAUCGCUGUGAGGUGGCUGCCAUUGAAGACCAGAAACCCUUCGAUGAAAUACUUAUAAGUCUGGCUGUGAGAGUGAAGCCGGCCAUGCCACGGUGCAGUGUACCAAAUUCGGUCACUGCAGGCUCUUCAACAGAGCUACGGUGCAUGGAGAGUGAAGGCUACCCUCUGUCUCAAUAUCAGUGGUUCCGCAACAACGAGGAGUUGCCUGAGGACCCCAAAACCAGCGUCCGCUUCUACAACUCCUCAUAUGUCAUGAAUGCUGAGACUGGGACUCUGAAAUUCAGAUUAGUGAGGAAGGAAGAUACAGGGGAGUACCACUGCCAGGCCAGAAAUGAUGCUGGUUCUGCAAAAUGCGCAGCACAGCUUAUGGAAGUCUACGAUUUUGACAUCGGGAUGAUGCUCUUAAAGAUCCUAGCAGGAGUGAUUGCUUUCAUCCUUUUAACAGCGGGGCUCUGCGUGGCUCAUAAACACGGCUACUGUUCCUGCAGAGAGCACACAGAAAACGAUUAUAAAGUUCCUCAGUAUGACAGAAAGGACUGUGUCACUGCAGAUGAGGGGCAUUUCCGGCACAAAUCCUCAUUUGUCAUAUGACCGAGGAACGAUGAAGGAGAUACACAGCUGAACUGUGUGCCACAAAUAUAAACUACCACAAUCUGAAUUUACUUCUGAGGUGCAUAAACACAAUCUUCUUUGCCAAAGCUGUUAACAAACAUCACAGUAUUUCACAGACAGAUACAGUAUUUCAAUUCUCUGGGAAAGUUUUAUUCUUUAUAUGUUACAGGAGAGAUCACGUGUAUACUUUUAACACUAAAGCUAGUGUAAUAAAGAUUUUUGUGUCAUUCACAAAGGUUUUUUUUAUUUAUUUACAAGUAGGAAUUUUGGAUUUUCAAACCCAAAAUCUAUUCAGAGCAUUACUUAGUGAUGAGACGUGUACAUUGUUGUGUUUAUUUUGCAUCGUAGUGGAAGCGAAAGAGCAUCUACUGUACAGGAAGUUCCGCUAUAAUCUGUAACGCGUAUAAUCAGACAGAGCAGCACAAGGCAGGGGUGAAUCAGUCAUUGUGCGUGUGUGUGUGUGUGUGCCAUGCACAACUGAUUUUUAAUAUGUCGGGGUUAUGGAACGUUAUGUUUUGUUGUUUAAGUGCAAAUGAUCGGUUGUAAGUACAGUGUAAUGUUUUAAAGCCAGGUUUCAGUCUUCAAUCAAAAGUCUUGGACCUGGUUGUGCUAAAUGACAAACAAAUUGUUUUCUAGUUUUACUUAAUUUUUGUAAACAACAGAUACACUUUGUGUAUUUUACAAUUCUGUCUGAGUGAUCUCUCUCUCUCUAAGUGACCUUCUGUAAUUUUUUUAUUGUUUUAUAUUCUAAUCGUUUGGACAAACUAUCCAGUUUUGUGGCUGUGCUUGUGCUUUACUAUAUUUGUGGUAUUUUGUUGUAGCAAAGUCAGAUGGAAAUGUUGAAAAGAUGGUGGGCCAUGACCAGUAAAUAAUGAUAAUAUUCAUGACUUAAAUUACAUUGUUUGGAAAUGACCGGAUUUUUUUUCUUUUUCUGAUGUAAUAGCUCAUUGUCCAUUCACACAAUCAUCACCUAUCAUUUUCUUCCAGGAUGCUGGUUUUAAAUUGCUUUCUAUUACAAAGAAGCUAUUCCUGACUGUUAAGUAUUCAAAAUGUCUUACAAUUCUGUGAGUUUUGACAAUUUGUCUUCCAUUAUGGCAUGACCCACAUGACCGCAUGAAGGACUGUUAUUACGAAUGCUGUAAAAAAAAAAAAAAAAAAAGCACCAUGUAAAAGAAGGGUUUUGGCUUCAGUUUCAGACAGUGCAGUGAGGUAAACUCUUAUUGAAAUAUUACUAUUUUCCUUUGACAGUACCGGAAUGUGAACUGUGCUUGGUUUUGAUUUUGUGUUCAAAAUAUUCAGGCUUUAUGUUUGGAGAUGUUUGAUUAUGCAUGGCUAAGCCAAACUGUGCAAAUACCGAUGAAAUACUCGAAACAUGCUUACAAUGAUUUAACAAAAAAUUUUCAAACUUAUAUACAGUAUUUAGCCUCACCACAACUGCCUGAUUGAUACAGAAAUAUUUUAGAGUAUCUUAGAAAAGGAAGAGCGAUCAAGUCUAAUGGGAUAUUUGUUAUUCUUCAUUACUGUGUGCCAGUUCAUUGUCAGUGUUGGUGUAGUCAUUUUUGCUGCUUAACUUACAUAUAUACGUAUACAUAUGUACAUAUAUAUGUCUAAAAAGGUGCAUUCUGGCCAAAAUGAUUCGAUAGUUAUUCCAUAACUAUACAAAAUAAUUCAAAUUGCAGUUUCAGACAUAUAUCGUUUAUCUAAAAUAAAUGGUGUAUCAACAUCUAUCUAUCUGUCUUGAGAUGUAUAUAUAUAUAUAUAUAUAUAUAUAUAUAUAUAUAUACAUAAAAUAGCUAACAUUCCAAGUACAAUGAAAUACUUUGUGUGCCAUUUACAUGACAGAAUGAUACGAUCACCUGUCCUCCUGUUGUUUUUGUAUUGUCAGAGCGUGUUCUUUUAUGUGGCGUUGGUGAAAACAAAAAAGUUGUAAUGUACUUCUAAUGUAAGAUUUGAACAGCAUUAAACCGGUGUAAAGUUACGAUGUAUUUAUUUUCUGUAAAGUAGAUGACAACAUUACUCAGGAGUUUGAAAGAAGUGACAAUUUCUGUACAUUGUUAGGUUUUAGCGAUUCUGUUUUGUUUAAUAAAGACAUUGUUACAGAACAUA